UAAUAGAACAUUUAACGUCGAACCUCGGCAUUUUAUCUAUCGCUACGCUAUUUUCUACAUGCAUCUUACAGAUUCAAAUGGGUGCACAUAUAUUUACUUACCUAUUAGGUCAUUACCCAGCGUUCGCAUACAAAUUGAUGGCAUAAUUUUACCUUGUCCUAUCCUCAUUGCUGGCAUCCAAUCGCAAUUCGACUUCAUUAUCAGAUACCAAAGAUACCAAGCUAAAGUUGCUGGUAUGUUGCACUAAACAUACAGUACCUACCUUAUUACAAACACCAUUUCAAUCUUGUACCGAACAUUAGAAUAGUGGUGUUUCGGUAUAGACUUACCUUCUCUCUUCCUCUUCCUCUUGCCUGCUAUCCUGUCUGCUGGGCGUCGUCUCUUGACUUCUUCCAACAUACCUGGUAGGUAUUUACUCAUAUUAUUGCCAUGGUAUGAAAACUUUCCGGAUAGCUUCAAGAAUCAGGAUGGCUUCUCCCAUGAUUCACCUGCCGGAGGUGGAGCGGCUUAGUCCCGCUUGUAUUCGUAUUCUCGGCGGCAAUCCAAGCAAGUUCACACUUCAGGGUACCAACACGUACCUACUUGGGACCGGUCCUGAUAGGUUAUUGAUUGAUACUGGCGAGGGCAAACCUUCGUGGAUUGCUGCCUUACAACGAACUUUAAAAGAAGAGAAAGCCACUGUACAGUAUGCUCUUAUCACACACUGGCAUCACGAUCACGUCGGCGGCAUCAGCCAACUCCUAGAGCAUUCACCUCAAACGGUGAUCUACAAGAACUCGCCGGCAGAAGGUCAAUUGAAUAUCUCAGAAGGGCAGAAAUUUGAGGUUGAGGGGGUCACCUUAACGGCCAUUCAUACACCAGGCCAUACCACAGACCACAUAGCAUUCGUUCUGCGAGAGGAAGACGCCCUGUUUACAGGUGAUAAUGUCUUAGGCCAGGGCACAGCCGUAUUCGAGGACCUUAGUACUUAUCUUAAAAGCCUUGCGAAGAUGGAAAAGUUGGUGUCAGGCCGAGGAUAUCCAGGCCAUGGCCCUGUGUUACUGCAAGCGAGCGCCACUAUCUCCGAGUAUAUCUCCCACAGACAUCAAAGAGAACAGCAAGUACUGCAAACAUUAGCUUCAACUCGAGACGACGAUACAUGGACUCCCAUGGAACUGGUGAAAAUAAUAUAUCGCGACGUUUCCGAAAGUCUUCACAUACCAGCCGCACAUGGGGUAAUCCAGAUCCUACGGAAGCUCCGGGACGAAGAUAGAGUCAUACUAGAGGAUGGGGACUCAUGGCGUCUUAAAGAUCGGUCAAAUUUAUAAUGAUGCGUAUGACGCUUUACGGACAAUUUACCGUAGAACGGUGAGAUGGUUGACUCAGCGGCGGCUGCUAUUUCGGGGGUUCAGUUUAAAGAUAUUUCUGUAAUAUUAUCUACCUACAGUCAUCGGUUUUGUGCUUUUGUAAACUUACCACUACUUAGUACUAGUACUAGGUGGGUAGAAUUGCCAACGGUCACUGCCUAUGUACAAAGCCAUGGUAGUACGUAAACGAUCC